UUUCAGUCAAACAGUGUUGAAGACCAUCAUGCAGUGAUUGAGUUUAAUGAACUGGAAAACUGUUUCAUUCUUCAAGACUUGAACUCUGUACAUGGCACCUUUGUCAAUGACUGCAGAAUUCAGAAUGCAGCUGUCAGGCUGGCUGCAGGGGAUUUGCUUCGCUUUGGGACAGGAGGAGCUUUCUAUGAAUUUGUGGUGGACUGUUCACCUCAGUUUUCCUGUCCACCAAUGAUUCAACGAUCUCAGUGGCAAGGCCAUCUACAGCUACUUGAAGAGAAAAAACCUUACAUGUCACCUCCCAGUCAUGCACAGUUUCCCAUGCUUCGUGGUCAUGCAGCACUAAAUGGAUCUAAUGUAUGGACUCAGGGUACCAGUGGUGCUGUACCUCACCCACCUUACAAGAACCGACCAGUUAGUGCUGGAAGUCAAAGAGGGGCAAAUAGCCAUGCAACUGAACAUAAUAAUGGCCCUCCUGUUGUCCGACAAGGAGGCUGGAUUAACACCCCAGUUUCUUGCCGCUCAGUAGUGACUGGAGUUCUACCCGCAGCAUCUCAGUCUCUGGAAUUGCUGUUGCAUGAAAAGGAGCAGAGAAUUUUGAAGCUGAGUGAUGAAGUCACACGCUUGCUGGUAUUUGAAAGUGAAUCCAAGCGUAAGGAUACAGUAAUUGGAAAUCUGAGAGAUGAAAAUGCAGGAUUGAAGCAACAACUUGUUCAAGCUGGCUUGCAGAAUAAGGAUGGAGAAAUUACUCAGAAGCUUUUGUUACUAGAACGGGACAUUGCUUCAAAAAAAGAAGAGAUCCAAAUACUGAAGGAUCAGAUUACCAGUUUGCAAAAGGGUUCAAGUGAGGUGAUGCGUCACUCUCUAAGAGAGAAGGAACUUGAAAUAACUAAUCUGAAAGCAGAAGUAGAAGAUCUCAAGAGGAAAAAUAGCAUGAUUUCAGGUCUGGUAACCAGUCUACAGCGAGAUAUUUCCACCCAGGAGCAAAAGGUCUUCCAGCUGAACUCAGCAGGAGAGAAACUCAAAAAAGAGAUCAGAGAAAAGAACAAUCAGAUUGCAGCCAUGUCUGCUAAGGAACUAAGAGAAGUGGAGCAACGGGUUAAAGAGCUCCAGGGGGAUAUCUUUAAGUACCAAACAGACCAGCAGAAGUUGAAGAAUUUACUGGAUGAAGAGAGAAAGGUUCAGGACAAGCUGACAGAAGAGGUUGAAAGAAAGUCACUUGAACUACAGGAGAUGAGGCGGAGGGAGCAACUUAUUAAAGUAGACUUGGAACAAUCACAGGCUCGGCUGGAACGAUUUCGAAGUCGGAUUAUUCAGACCACCUACUCAGCUCCAGAUGUGCUUGUUCCACAGACAGCAGUAACAGAGCUGCAGGUCAUUGAACAGAUGCAACAGAUUAUUGAACAGCGGACAGAGUAUAAAAAUAAACUGAAGGAACUACAAGAACAUUUGCACUGGAAAUCCUUACAAGAAGAUGCAUUCACAGGACCAGUUGCCUCUGUGAAAAAACUGAGGGAAGCUUUACAGAAAUGCCAGACUGCUUUGAAGAAAGAUCACUGCAGCCAUGUGCUGAGGAAGGAGAUUACUGCUUUUAAUGAUCUGCCCAUAGACCAGUCCAUUCUGUGGAUUCAGAAAACUCUAGUUGACAUUCUGGAGAUGUUUUUUUCAUGGCAACAAGAACUAGAACAGUGUCUUCAAGAUGACGGAAAUGACACAUUCAUCUCUGGGGAAGGUAUUGUAUCCUACAUUAGAAGUUUGCGAACAAAGUGGCAGGAAGCAGAAAGCCAAAACAAAGCAAUUCAGGCUAAACUGCAUGAAGAACUAGAAAGUUCAAAGCAGCUGCAAAAGAAGCAGCAGCAAAAGGAAGAAAUGGAAGAAAAGAUCCAAGAAGAAAUUCAACGGCUACAAGCCAAAUCUGAAGAACAGAACAGGAAGAUGAAGGAGACGUAUGAUAAGCAGCUCCAAGAAGAAAUUGAAAGACUACAGGCCAAAAAUGAAGAAAACAUCAUUAAGCAGCAAAAGGACAUGUUAGAAAAACACCUUCAAGAAGAGGUACAAAUAAUCCAGGCUGAGUAUGAAGAACAAAGCAAAAAGUUUAAAGAGGACACUGAGAAACAGUUGCAGGAAGAGAUUCAAAGGCUGCAAGCAGAAUCUGAGAAACAGAACAAAAAGUUUAAAGAGGACACUGAGAAACAGUUGCAGGAAGAGAUUCAAAGGCUGCAAGCAGAAUCUGAGGAACAGAACAAAAAGUUUCUAGAGGAUGCCAUUGCCCAACAGAAAGAGAAAAUGAAGAAAACAAUAGCAGCAGAGAAGAAAAAAACUGAAGAGUCUGAGAAACGCUGCCAAGAGCUGAAGGAGAUUCUAGAUAUGAAAUAUAAAGAAGAAGAAGCCUACAAAUCUAAGCUGACUGAUCUUAUGAAAAAAUAUGAGGAAGCUAAAACAACAAUUGAUGCCCUCGAGCAGGAACUAACAAUUCAGAAAAACAAGCUGAAAUCUGAAAUCAGUUCCUUGCAGGAUGGGCAGAGCACAGAGAAACAGAAACAUGAUGAAGAAGUGGUAGAAUACAAGGAGCAAAUCAGGCAACACUCACGCACAAUUGUGGCUCUUGAGGACAGACUGCAAAAAGUGGCUACUCAACAACAGGCACUCGGUCAGGAAAAUACAGUUUUGCAACAUAAACUCAGGGAUGCUGAAGAAAAGUUACAGAAGCAAGAGACUGAACAAUCAACAGUGCAGCAAGUAAAGCCUCUAGCUAGCCAAGAGAUUUUCAGUCUGCAGGAGACCUGUGUGCUGCUGCGGAAAGAACUAGUUGAAGCACAACGAGAAAUCUUGUCUCAGCAGGAUGUCAUUGCAGGAAUGAGACGAGACCUGGCAGUUGCAACUGCGAAAAUGUCAGAUAUGAGAGGGGAACUAAAUGAAAAGCAAAAGUUGGAGCUGGAGCACAACCGAAGACUAGUGAAAGAACAGCAUCUGGAAAUAAAUACCCUUCGUCAGCAGCUGGCAAAAAUGUCAGAACUUGUAGACAAGAAAGAUGAAGAGCUGAAAACUGCAAAUGUAAAAAUAAACAGUCAACAAGAAAAGCUGGAAAAACAAAGCAAAAUGAUUACAGAUAAACAGGAAGAAUGUGAGAAGCUUCAGGAAGAGCUGCAGAAUGAGAGAAAAAUCAAUACGAAGAAGGUGGAGAUUGUUAAACAGACAAAGCAGGAAAUGUCAGCAUGUGAUGUAACCGAGCAAGGUGCAAAGUGCAUAGGACACAAGCAUGAAGAGAUCAUUCAACGCCAAAGAGAGGCACUUGCAGAACACCGAGCAAGGAUAAAGGAACUAGAACAAAUGCGAUUACCAGUCUUAUCCAAAGAACAAUUCGAGAAGGAGUUCACUGGCACAAGGACCCAGAAGGCAAUUUUAGACAACAACAUUCUUAGAUCAUCUAUUCAAGACAGUUCACAACCAGAAACGUAUCAAAGCAAAGCUGCUGGUGCCAUUUCUGCUACGGUAAUUGACAGGACCACCAGGACAGAGAUGUCUGAAGCCUUGGAUAUGAGUGAGAGCAUGUACAUGGACUUGGUUAAUGCCCUGUCUGAUUUGUUGAAUGUGAAUGAGCUGUCAGGAACACAAUCCUUUAUGCAUGUUCCCUGGGAUGAGCGAAUGAAAAUCAGAACACAUCGACAAAAGGACCUAGAGCUGCUAAGCAGCAGGAUAAAACAACUACAGAGCCAAUUAGAGAGGAAGGAAACUCUGUUGUCAGGAUAUGAGAAUGAUCUUGAACAGCUAAGGCUGUCCCAGGCAGCAGCAAAAAGGUACAAGAUGGAGAUGGAGAGACUGGAAGAAGAUCUGAAGAAACAAAGUGAAGAAAGUGCACUUCUCAGAGAGGCCCUGGAUCGAGCACAGUUCCGACUUGAUCAGGAGAAAAGAUUAAAUAAAGCUAUCAAACAACGCAAAACAUUCCAUUUAGAGCAGCUGGAUAAGAAAAGUGCAAAAGCUCCCUCCCAUAGCUGUUUGCAGAAUGAUAUACAUGAAAAGGCAGAGGCUAAAAAUAAAACCCUGCAAGAAAAACUGAAGAAGAAAGAAUAUGAUAUAGAUACUCUGAAGCAACAGCUUCAGAAACAGGACCAGGAACUGUCUCUCACUACUUCCAAGCUGAUCAACCUACAGAACACAAUAGGCCAAAAUCAAAAGAAGUACUUGGAGGAAUAAGAAGAAUGUAACAUUUUAUCAUUUACAUGCUGCCUGUAUCCCAGAUGCCCACUACUGUAUUAUUGCACUGGGCAUAUAACAAGACUUAUCUUAGAUUGUCAUGUUAUGCUAACCUCCUGCAGCGGAAGAGACCAGGCAUCUCUUAUACAUCUUCUGUUUCCAGCAGUUUGGUGUAGCACACAUCUACUUUACACAGAGGCAGCAACCCAUUCAUAAAGGCUUAUUAUAUACCAGGAUGCUGGACCCUGUGAUGUUCUUUUAAUAAUGAUACUGAUCAGCAAAAUCUCCUCCUCAUUUUGUAUCAUUAAGUACUGCUUCAGAAAAUGAUUCCUUUGGCACUUGCCAAAAACUGUGGUCUGUUUUCUUUUAAAUUACUAAGUAAAAAUAUAAAAGACUGAUAGAGUCAUCAGUAUGUACACAUUUUCACAUGAGUGCAUGUGCACACACUCAUGAACACAUGUAUAGACACGUAUGCAUGUGUCACACACAAAUACUUUGCACUGUAUGUCUAGCAAUAAAAGGCAUCUGUUAAUUUGUAAUUCUGCAUUUUUAUUAAAGGGCUUCUAACAAAAUUAUAGCAAUGAAAAUAAAGCGUAGCUGAGGAA